AUGUCGAUCAUAGCGGCAGUCGCUCUUGUGUUCAGUUUCGCCUUCGCCACAGCCGAUGAUGUUUCUCAGAAUGUGAAGAACAGGACAGCAGCAGGACAGUAUGGUUACGACGAUGCGUAUUACGGACACAAUUUCUACGACGACUUCGAUUACAACAUCUACAACUACAUGCGCUUUCGUGAUACACUCAUAAACAGUAUAGCAUUUGCCGAUGAUAUUUCGUUCUGA